AUGUCAAGUGUUAGAGCCUUCAGAUCGUUGGCGCGGCCAGCGCGUCAAUUGCGACCCCUCGCCGCCCCCGCCCUCCAGACCCGACACCACUCCUCUAAGCAUCCCAAGGGAUUCGAAGCACCGUCACAAGCCGACCUUACCGAGCUGCGCGAGCGUGUGCAGGAGUUCACAAGGCGCGAGAUCACAGAAGAAGUCGCCGCGAACACGGACAAGAGCAAUGCCUUCCCCAACGAGAUGUGGCAAAAGUUGGGCGAGGCUGGUUUCCUAGGCAUGACUGCCGAUGAAGACGUCGGUGGCCUGGCCCUGGGUUACCAGGCGCAUUGCGUUGUCAUGGAAGAGAUCUCGCGUGCAUCUGGCUCAAUUGGUCUCAGCUACGCCGCCCACUCUCAACUUUGCGUCAACCAGCUCCAGCUCAAUGGUUCUCCGGAGCAGAAGCAGAAGUAUCUCCCCGGUUUGAUUGCCGGCACAAGCGUCGGCGCGCUCGCAAUGUCCGAGUCUGGGGCUGGUAGCGAUGUCGUAAGCAUGAGGACGACGGCGACGGCCGUUGAUGGCGGCUACGUCCUAAAUGGCUCCAAAAUGUGGAUUACCAACGGUCCCGACGCCGACGUCAUCGUCGUUUACGCAAAGACGGAGCCCGAGAAGGGGUCCAAGGGUGUCACGGCGUUCCUUGUCGAGACAAAGACCAAGGGUUUUAGCUGCGCAAGGAAGCUCGACAAGAUGGGUAUGCGCGGAAGCAACACUGGCGAGCUCAACUUCGACUCCGUCUUCGUGCCUAAAGAGAACAUCCUCGGCAAGAUCAAUGGUGGUGUCAGAGUCCUGAUGGAGGGCCUGGACCUUGAGCGUCUCGUUCUCAGCGCUGGGCCUCUUGGUAUCAUGCAGGCUGCGCUGGACGUCGCUCUCCCCUUUACCCACCAGCGAAAGCAGUUUGGCAUCCCCAUCGCUCAGAACCAGUUCAUCCAGGGCAAGCUGGCAGACAUGUACACCAAACUCCAGGCUUCUCGUGCAUACACAUAUGCCACGGCUAAGGCUGUUGACGAGGAGGGGUUGAUCAAGACACAGGACUGCGCCGGUGCCAUCUUGUAUGCUGCCGAGAGGGCGACAGAGUGUACCCUGGACAGCAUCCAGCUCCUCGGUGGCAUGGGAUACGUCGAGGAAAUGCCAGCUUCAAGGCUGUUGAGAGAUGCGAAGUUAUAUGAGAUUGGCGCCGGAACUUCGGAAAUCCGUAGAAUGGUUAUUGGACGGGCUUUCAACAAGGAAUAUGCCCACCUGGCGUGA